AUGGAAUCAAGUGGUACGGAGAAGUCUCCCUCCGAGGGCUCUAGCAUAUCUGCAACCUCGGAGGGAACCCCGCAUGGAGAUGGUGGUGAUCUUGAUCAAACAAAGAUGGACAGUACGAAGAAGAUGAAAGAGAAAGCUGCCAGAGGAUCCGAACCAGCACUCCUUCCUGAAUCAAGUGCUCGAGUUUUGCUGGGUUUGAAGCUUUCUAGUGACAGCUCAAUCCGCGGAUCGAAGCAAUUCAAUCUAUUUAGCCCCAUGAGUGCUGGUUCUUCUCAUGCAAAAGAGUCCACUGAUGAGACCUCGAGGCAAACCGAGUCUAGGGUUUUCUCGUGCAACUUCUGCAAGAGAGAGUUCUCCACAUCCCAAGCCUUAGGAGGGCACCAAAACGCACACAAACAGGAGCGGGCACUAGCCAAGAGGCGUCGGGAGAUGGAUGCGAGUGCUUUAGGACACUUGCCAUAUUACCCUUAUUCAAGCCUUUCAACAAACCCCUAUUAUGGAUCUUUAAAUAGGGCACUCGGAGUACGGAUGGAUUCCUUCAUUCACAAGACAUCGCCUUAUUCAUGGACAUCCCCCGGAGGGCAUCGCUAUGGCGCCCAUAGCGGCUGGCCCAGGCAAACUUUGAUGAACACACAGCCUUCCAUUGAUAGGCUAAGGACAGAGAGCUUGAAUGCCUUUUGUGGUGGAUUUGGAAUUUCUACUUCCUCAUCUUCUCCAAGGUUUGAUGACAAUGGCAUAGUUCGCAGCAGUUUUGGUGCUUCUCCAUCAUCAAACAAUAUUACUGCGAUCAGAAAGCCUCCCGUUACUGAUCAUAUCCAGCAAAUUAACCCUCCAAAAAGUGAUCAAACAGAUGAAUCCGGACUUGAUUUGUCUCUCAAGCUCUAG